AUGUUCAAUCGCCUUCGGUCUAGUUCGAUCGGCAGCUUGAUCGAUCUUGCAAGUCCACGCUCCGAGGUCGAAAGUCCGAAACCACGGAUGCCUAAUUCCGUCCCUUCUCGACAGCGCAGUCUGAAUUUGGCUCCUAGCAAUCGUGUUCCUUGCACUCCUUCCCCAUUGUCAGGCUGCUUUACCAAAUCACGACGCACUCCGCAAUCAUCUCCGCAAGCUGAACGGGCCUUGGCGGUCUCGAAGAAGGAAUUGACCGAAGUGAUUGAAUUACUCCAGCAAGUUCGCCCGAAUGAUUUAUCACAAACACGAGCUCUCCUAUCUCUCAUGGUUGCCAUCCUCUCCGACACCCCUAAAUGUAGAGAGUGCAUGAGAGAGAACGCUGGAUUCUUGACCUUGGUUACCGUCUUGGCUAGCUUGGGUGCUGAUGCCCUUCCUGAACCACAAUCAACCGCCCCGAUUGAAAAUAACCCCGAUUCUGAUUCUGCAAGUCUGAGAAGAGUUCCGUCGAUUACACUUGAUGGCGAUUUGACAUUCUGUUUCACUGACUCACCAGAUCCAGCUUUGGCAGGGCCGCAGUCAAAACAUUCAGAGCUGCAAGAAGAGCGUGAUGCGGUGGCCACACUCGUCUUCAAAUGUCUCGCGCUUGGCUUGUCCAACCAUCGUGAAAAUCAGCUAUUUUUUUCUACCAAACUCGGCUUUAAGCUUGUCUUGGACGCACUUCGCCUUUCAAACUUCAUCCCUCAGUUAGCCCCAGGAAGCCAGUCGAAUUGGCCCUCUGCUCAUUAUCGUCGAAACAAAAUUGAGAAAUUCUUCGGGAUUUUAUUCGCUUUUAUCGUUGCCGAUUUCUCAUGCGUCGAUAUAUUUUCUACCGUCCGAAUCAAGGCCAAUCAGCAGGGUGAAGCCCUCGCAUCACCCCAAAACCUUCCUGGUAUCAACUCAGAAGAAACCAGCUAUUUUAUUCCCCAACCGGGCAGCAGUGGUGGCCAGGGUUCCAAUUCGACACCAAUCUCAAUCAAGCCCAACUCCGACUCGAAGUACCCGAAAAUGGCUGAGUUGCUACGUCAAGCGAUUUGCGACCGCUCGGAAGCCUUGCGUGUCGAAAUAGCUGACGCAGUCUUGCUGCUUUUAUCCCUUCAUGCGGAUUUAUUCAAUCCAGCCGAUGGUAGUUUGCAGAAUCUUGAAGACAAUUUCGAAUUGCAGUUUUUAAGCCUCAAAGCCAUCGAGAUUCUCGCCGCCACUUCAAGGCAUAGUCAGAUCGCUCUCAACUCGAUUGAGCUAACAGCGGUCCUUCUAGAGAGACUCGCUCUCCAGUCCAGCCUCACGUCUUCGCCCUCCGGCAAGAAAACGCAAGGGAGUGAAUCUACUCUUCCCAGUGCCGGUCUGGAACCUUGGAACCCGAAGACAUUGAUUGCAGGUUCUGAUAAAAGAGAUAGGCAGUGUCGGCAAGUUGCCAAAGCAAUUGUACAUCAAAUGCUACAAGUGGGAACCUCCCCUCGAGAAGCAAGGAUGCUAUUUCGGCAAGCGGUGAAAAGGCACGAAGUGGGUAACAAUGGGAAAGAAGCAUUGGACGAGGAUUACCUGGAACUAAUACUAUCAGGUAUGCAAAGCUCUAACUGUCCGCCUUUCAUUCACUUUGGAUCCUCGAAAGCUGGAUGCGCAUAUGCGGUACUUGACUCGUUGGGUGCCAACGCGUUCCCGCCCAUCCAAACUAGCGGCUGGACAUUCGUGACCUGGCUUCAAAUUGAAUCAUUUGGAAAAGAUCCAAACAUGCCCCUCGAACUGCUCACCAUUUCCAAUCCAAACGAAGAAUGUUAUGUACAAAUUGCAAUCUCACAUUGCUCCUCUGUUAUCAUUCAAACCGCUCGUCCUCCUGUGUUAUCAUCUUCCCCCAGCGAUUCCAAAAGUGGCACCCGCGGGAUCAAUGAAAGCUUGCCGGGAUUAGCUGGUUCGGAAACAGUCGCUCAAUUCAACAAGAUCACACUCGAGUUGGGCCGAUUCUAUCACUUUGCUGUUGUUCAGAAACCAGGAACGAAAACUUCGAGCUCAACCGUCAGUUUAUUCAUCGACGGAGAAUGUGCUGGCUCGCUACCUAUCUCUUGGCCAAAGACUCCCAAAUUGCAGCGUCUCUCUGCCUGCUUUGGUUCCAUGCCAUCCCAAUCUAACCCGAACCUCGGUUCCCCAUAUCCUCGCGUGCAGUCUAGGCUGGAAAGACCUCGAUGGAACCUCGCUGGGUGUUGGCUAUUGAACCAAGCUUUGUUGGGUGAUAUGCUGUUUGUCAUGUCUACUCUGGGUCCCAAAAUCUUUACGUGCUUCCAAGACGCCCUCGGAUCUUUUCAAACUUAUUCAUCAAGCACUCUGCUAAAUUUGAAGAUUGACAACCUACGCCACCAAGUGCCCAAAAGCAAACUAAGCCCUGAUCAAGCUUUGCAGAGAUCUACUCCACCCCCCACAGCGCCUGUAACAGCAGCACUCCUUAAUAAAUCCCCACUGAUCAAGGCCGUCAAGGAGCCUGCUUCGGCUUUUAUUCCUCAAAAGUCAAUUUACUUUGCUCUAUCAGCAAAAAAUGGCAUCGUUAUCCCUGAUCCUCUCAAGGAUGCAGAAGACGAAUAUGACAACGUGGACAGUGCUAACUACAUGCAAAAGAUCUACACACCGAUCGAUCCACCCUCUUUUGACCACCAAGCUUGUGACAAGGUCACACUAGCAUCAGGACCCACAUCGUCUGCCUUCGGACCCGUAUUUGCGAACGGAAUUUUGAAUGCUAGCACUCCCAACUCGAAAGCAUCUCAUUACUUUAUGGAUCCCCUGGCUUCUUCUGCACCUGGCCUGUCUCCGCCUCCGAUGGCCCCAUCCUCCUCAAAAGAAUCCACAGGCAAUACUACCCACGAUCAAGUUCUCGAACUAAUUGGAGAGGUGAAAAUGUGCUCUCCGAAACGAUUAGAUGAUUCGAUUUGGACAGCUUCAGGUUCAAUAUUCUUGGUCCGGCUGGUUCAGCUGUCAUCCACCGAAAAGCAGCUUCAGAUGGCCUUGCAGAUUCUUUUUGAAGCAAUCAGUCAUAAUUGGAGAUUAAGUGAAGAUGCGGAAAAAAUUCAAGCGUAUGAGACCCUAGGAUUAAUCUUGAGAUCAAAGGCUCAUUUGAUCACCCCACCCGUGCAUCGAAUUUUGCUCCGCUUUGCCGGUAUCAUGGUUGACGAUCCAUCAUGUCACCCAUCAUUCUCGUCGGACAAAUUGCGCAAUCUAUCUUUGAAUGAGCACAUUCCGACGGCUAAGCCUGACAUCAAGCACCACAACAACGGUCUCCGGCAUUCGGUGAUAACCAACCCGUUAGCAUUUCGGUUCUUGCUGUUGGAUUUUGACUUGUGGUCUUCAACUUCGCUUGAAAUUCAACGAUUUCAUUGUGAGAGUCUGUGUGGGAUGAUCGAGACUAGCAUAUGGAGUCGGUUCAGUAUGAAGAGAAUCAGUAAAAUGAAUCUUUUGCCAAAAAUGCUACAUGCAUUGCGGAACCGUCAAUUCUCGGCGUCAUCAGGAAGCGGAGAGGUAAUCCCCGCAUACAUCCGAUUGCUGGGCUGUGUCCUUAAGGCUCAAUUCAACUCGCAGGUCAUUCGGCAUUUGGCAAGUUAUCUUACUGCCAGCUUAACCCCUGAGCAGUGUUCCAAACAAAAGCUUCCAGUCGGUGGCACAAUGGAGCCAGCAAAUUUUCAAGAAGCUGCAAGCACGCAGACAAAACUCGGCGUACCAGUCGCUGAUCCCAAAUCUUUAUCAACCUCAAUAACGCUUGAUGAACCAAUUAUGGUACUGAAAGUCCUUCACGACCUGCUCUUAUCGUCAAAUGAUCAGGAAAGCUUCAGUUAUAUCGCACAAUUUCUGAAAGCUAUCAACGGUUCGAAAUGGUUGUUGAUGUUUUUCCGGAAAGACACGCACCCUGAAGUAUUGUCGUACAGCCUUCGGAUACUCGCCAGGUUGAUUCAAACCCAAGAUUUUCGAUGGCUGCAGCACUUUAAAAACACCCUCGCUGGUUUCACAAUUAUGAGAUCAGUCCUUACUAAAUUUUGUUUCCAGAACGAAUCGAUCUUGGUCACUACGUUGAGUUUGUUGAGUCAAGUUGAUAUCAGGACGGUGCCAAUGUUUAGUAGCAGCAGAUCUGCUACCUCGGUUACUUCACCUCUGAUGUUCAAAGAUGACCUCCAGGGUGUGAUAAGGUCGAUUCGUGGGAUCCCGAACGAAUUCGUCUCGCCUGAGAUGCUACCAAUUGUAAUUUCUCUACUCAAACCCGCUUAUGUGGUACGCUGUUCCGAAGAAAACAUGACCCCGAUCUACGUAAUGGAAUGGCUAAACCUUAGAAUGGAAUCGCAAGAUGAUGGUUGGAACGAAAUGCUCGGAGACAAAGACAUAGUCAAACUAUGGGCGAACUACGUCACCUUACUGAGCUGUUUGCCACACCAGGAAAGCCUUCAACCCGCACAGGAGAACCCACAUGAUGAAAUACCGGGAAAUAUGACCCCGAGGUCACCUGAAGCCUCCUCCCUUUCCUCCUUUCCCCUCACCUUCACCACACCUGGUCUCGAUCAAGUUUCUCAAACGCAAGCAGGCGUAUGUACAACUUCACCUCCAAACGUCGACCGGGACUUGGUUUCAACUCUGGGAACCAAGUCGCAGAACAAGAAAAGGAUGAGCAAUCGCCACAGCCGGCUUGCAAUCUCCUCAAUCUCAUUGAGUGUCACCGUACCUACAGCUCUGAUGAUCAACGGAGAAAUUGCUCCCUUGACCUCUCCUCGCGUGCAGGAAAGGACAUCGGUUCACGGAUCCCAUGAUGUGCGGGAUGACAGCCCAUUUGACCCCUCUUUCGACGAAUCUGAUCUCACCUCAACCACCACUUCAUUAUACUGUUACGACAAUGCCUUGGAAGAUGUCGUCGAAAACCUGUCCAGCAUUACCGACAGGUUUCUGAUGAAUUUCCUAUUUGAUCAACAUUCUAACCUCAGUCACUCGAAGCAAACAGAAACCGACUCUGGACGAGCGUUCGAGAAAAACUUGAGGGCAAAUAGACUGGAUCAGUUGUUGACUCUUGUCAUUAAUCGAUCCGGAAAUGAUCGUGCCUGGAUUACCCCAUUUGUGAAUCAAGUGAUCCAAAUGAUUGUACUUCAAACUGAUCCGACUUCUGUCCCUUGGGAUUGGCUAAUUGCAACAUUAGCAGACGGAUAUCUUUCAGGCUGGUUGCAACCAGAUGCAACAUCCGUGUCCCAAUUGGUCACCUUUGUACUCGCCAGACAAAUUCAAGGCCCCAUUGGGCCGCUGGGGGAUUUGUUGCUGAUUGUGCUUACGAAUCGAUAUACUUCGCCCGAAGUGUUGCUGGAGCAACUUUGUAGUCAUCAUUUGGCAAACUUGAUCGCUGCCGUCCCUCCGGAGCUUGUCCCACGACUAGUGUACAUUCUGACACAAUACCUUUCCCGGCCCCCUAACCUGAGAACAUCUGCCUGCGAUGUGCUUAAGCUCCUCUUCUCAUAUCACCCUCUCAUCUUAGAGGAGUUUUGUCUUAAUAUCGAUUCAUCCAGUUCAGCGAUCCAGCGCGCAGGUUCGCUGUCGGUGUCUAGUGAUACCACCGACUAUCCUUCAACGACCGAUGAUUCGAUGUCACAGGUUGAAAGAGACCUGUCGAAGGUGCUUCAAAUGCAGCCAGACGAAUUGAAAGAAGUGCUGGAAAAGAGCUCUUCCAUCAACUGUACUGGGAAACUGGACUGGAUACAAUUUUUGACCGAAUCAGAGAUGAAAGCAAACCGAACGAGAUCAGAUACGCAAACCAAGUCCCAGGUGAUGUGGAGUGAGCAUUCGAACAAAGGCGUAAUAGAAUCCAGGAGGCUGGAAAGCGUAGUCAAGAAAUUGGAGGUUUGGGCCAGAAGCGUCAAAGAAAUUGAUGCAGCACGGUUUGCCAAUCUUCGUCAAGAUAAUUUUGAUACGAAGCACUACCUUGAGAUACAGUUAGCAAAACGGCUUGGAGAGCUUUAUCGACCCUUUUCUAUUCUCGCUACAUCCCAAGAUAGUAGCGCAACCUACUGGGCGUUGGAUUCAACAGAAGGGCCGAGUCGUCAGCGAAGAAAACUGAGGAAAUUGGGACAGAAGUUGGACGCCCACUUAAUUCAGAGGCCUAAAAUAAGGCACCACCGAAUGCGAAGCUUAGGUGCAUCACGACGUGACUCAUACAGGGAUGAGGAAACGUUUGACGAGUCCAAAAAAAAGGCAGAUGAAAACUCGCCAAUAAGUCCGACUCAUCACGAAUCCCUUCUUCCCCUCAGCGAAAUAUGGGAAGAAGAAUCUGGAGAAUACGAUGACCUCGGGGCUCAAUCAAAUGUCGUUAGAAACGCUCAGCCGUCGGGUGAGCUAGCUACAAAGAGAAUCCCCCUGGAUCAAGCUGUCGGAAAAAGGCACGGUGAAGAUGGACAUUCAGAAGACUUUAACGAGGAUAAGUCGAGGCGAAUUUUGAAAAGCUUAGAAGCUGGUGAUGUCAUACAAGGAGUUUGGAACGUAGAGCAAGUUAUUGGAUUGGAUACCUGUCCUGCCUUAUUCUUAAUGGCGAAGAACAAUAUCUAUAUUAUAGAUGGAUUCUUCCAGAGAUCAAAUGGCGAAUUGGUAAAUUCCUGGGAUGCUUGGGAAGAACGAGACCCCCACCUGCGUACCCUUGCCAGUCUAUCUCGACAAACAGCCAAACUGAAUAGUCGAGCAGCUGCUCACCAAACUCGUCGCUGGAAUUAUAGUGAUGUUGUGUCGAUUUCGUCUCGGAAAUGGUUGUUCCGGGACAUCUGCAUUGAGUUUUUAUUCGCGGAUGGCCGAAGUAGGCUGCUAACUUUCUCAGACAAUAAGAGAGACGAAGCUUUGAAGAGAUUGAAAAACUGCAUUCGAAGAUCCGUUGGGCCUGAAGUUUUGUCACAAAUGAAUCUGUCUCUAAAAUCCCAAACUGAGCUCUGGCAAAAUGGUCAAAUUUCAAAUCAAGCUUACUUGCUGUAUUUGAAUGACGCGGCUGGUAGGACUUAUCGAGAUCUGACACAGCAUCCCGUAUUUCCAUGGAUCUUGGCGGACUACACCAGCUUGACACUUGACCUUGAGAAACCUGAGACGUUCCGCAAGCUGGAUUUGCCCAUGGGUGCUCAAACUGAAUCUCGUAAACAUGACUUCAUUGAGCGUUUUCGUAGUCUAGAAGAAUUUGGAACUAUUGGCGACGAAAGAAUGAAACCUGCACACUAUAUGACUCAUUAUUCAUCCGCGGUAGUCGUUUGUGGGUUUUUGAUUAGACUGCAGCCUUUUUGCGAUCAUUUUAUCGAGAUUCAGGGUUCUUUUGACCAUGCAGACCGAACGUUUUGGUCAAUGCAUAGAGCUUGGCUUUCAGCCUCGGAGCAAAGCCGAAGUGAUGUUAGGGAAUUGAUUCCUGAAUUCUUUCAUUGCCCUGAAUUCUUGCUGAAUCUAAAUAAGCUUAGUCUUGGUUCCCGGCAAGAAGGUGGGGCCCCUAUCGGAGACGUAGAACUUCCUCCCUGGGCACACGGCGAUCCGAGGCUUUUUGUUGAGCUCCACCGUGAAGCACUUGAGUCGGACUUCGUCAGCGCAAACAUACAUCAUUGGAUAGACCUCAUUUUUGGUUACAAGCAACGCGGUCAAGCCGCAUUGGAUGCCGUCAACGUUUUUCAGGAGGUUUCCUACGAAGGCACGGUAUCAUUAGAUGCCAUUGCUGAUGAUCGAGAAAGAAGUAGCGUGCUGGGUGCAAUGUGUAAUUGGGGAUUGACACCAAGUCAAAUCUUUGAGGUACCUCACCCCGCGCGUACAAAACAGCCGAAGCAUGCGUUAGAACCCAGAUCUAUGAUCACAGCUUCUACGUGUCCUGCCCUCAUCCAGUCGAUCAUACCGAUUCGAGACAUCAAACAACCAAUUGGCCAAAUUCAUCCUGGGAUAAAUCUGGAGAAAAUCUUUGUUUCUGGACCCCAAUCAUUACUUGUUCCUCCAAACGCUACUCAUCGUCUCGACUGGGACUUUCUAGACCAGACGCUUCGAAUUUUUGAUUCUGCAACUUCUUUGUGUGCCACAUUUGAAGGAGUCAGCUCGGAGCACAUUUCAUCGGCUUGUUUCGCGGACCAGCGCACUCUUGCCACCGGCUCUACUGAUUCUACUAUAUCGCUUUGGAGGUUUGCUUGGCUGGCUAACGGUGGAGCGCAUUUACAGCAGAUUGAAGUUCUGCGAGGACAUUCCGCUCCCAUCACAUGCAUUGUUGCCUCGCGUACACUUUCUAUUGUUGUUUCUGGAUCCGAGGACGGAUUGGGAAUGAUCUGGGACUUGAAUCGAGCAUUACUGGUUCACAGUUUGCCACAUUCAAACCCCGUAUCUUUCGCCGCGAUUAGUGAAUCCACUGGCGAUAUCGCAACCUGUUCACAAAAUACGGUAAGAGUUUGGAGCAUCAAUGGCGAUCUACUUUCCACAUUGUCAACUUCUCAGCAUACUACCGAUGCCAUCACGGCUUGCUGCUGGUCCCUAGCUGAAGUAAAACCGUUGCUCGUCACUGGGCACCGAGCCGGGAAACUGAUGUUUUGGCAGCGCAAGAGUGUUCAUGCGGAGAAUCCAAGCGAACCAUGGAAAAUGGAGCUUAUUCAUGAGGCCCACCAUGAAAGCGACCAUGCAAAUAGCGAAAUUCGAGCCUUAUCCAUGACUGAGAGGACGUUGCUGAGCGGUGACAGCUUGGGGAGGUUAUUCUGUUGGUCCCUGCCUGGGUCCGCGUGCCAUUUGCCGGAUUGGAAAGAGAAGAUGUUCAUGUUGCUCGGCCAUUAUUUGUUCGUCUUGCCAAGAUACUCUACCCGGCUGGAGCGGCAAAUGUUGUCUAUCUUGUCUACCAAAAUUGAUGAAAUCAGUGGCAAGGACGUGAUUGUGUCAUUUUGGAAACUAAGCGCGUUCGAAUUCAAUCAAUCAAUCUCAAAAGCCAAGCCCAUUUAG